AUGACAGUAUUUUAUCAAUUCAGUGAGUUCCAAAACAACGAUUUAAUUCGCGGCGACUAUUCUCAUGGCUUGUGGUAUCGUGCAUAUUGGCCUCGAAAUGAAAUCGAAGUCUCGCUUUUUGAAUAUAACGAUCUUGAGUUUGAUGAAUCUAGUAACCCUAUUAUUGGGUUUUCUAAAGAAAUAAAAUUUGCAGAAAAAUUGCAACAUCGAAACUUGUUAGGACUUUUAGGCUAUGCAAUUGAUUAUUUGUCUCGAGUAUUUCUGAUUAUGGAAAAAUGCGAAAUAUCUCUGGCACAAUAUUUGAAGAAGAAUGAGAGUUUAGGUCAGAAUUUUGCGAUUUCUAUAGCUAAAGAAAUCGUUUCUGGUCUAAUUUAUUUGGAAGUGGAAGCAAAUUAUGAGAUUCAGAAUCUGAAUACAAUGAAUAUUUGGAUGGAUGAAAAUAUACCAAAAUUUGCCCACCUGCCUAUGAUUCAAACAUCCCUCGACAUUCCAAGUCCAAAGAAUAAUUUUUAUGAUUCUCUCAAAUUUAUCGAUCCAAAUUUCAUUAGAGAUCCAGAUUUUGUUUGCGAUAAACGUUCAAACAUAUUCAGCCUUGGCAUCACUCUCGCGUCACUUGCUGGAAUUUCAGUCUACGAUUCUGAUGACGCAGAGCAAUUUGUGGUCAAUGUUUAUAAUGAAAACUCACAUUGGAACGCUGAUAGGAUAUCCGCUGAAUAUGUUCAACUAUGCCAACGCUGUUGCGCGUCAGAUCCGGAUUUAAGACCAAGUCUGAAUGAUGUCUUUUUAUCGCUUGCAAAUUUAGAAACACGCAUUAAUCAUGUUAAAACAAAUGCGUCUGAAUUGGAUGUGUAUUCCCAAGAAAGGAAAAUAUUGGAGAAAUCGUCAGAAUCAAUACUUCCCUCAUUUAUCAAUUUAGCAAGAAUCAUUACAGAAAGUGAAUACGACAUCCUGGAAAGCACCUUAAAGGUAUUUGAUAAAUUUACAAGAAUUUCCGGAAAUGACAACACAGUAUUCAAGAAAAUAGAACAACACCUCACGGUAUUAGAUCAAACUCCGCAGAACUUUAUUGGCAUUUUGAAGAAAUUACGUUUUCUACCAAAAUGUGCCUGCUUACUCGGCUUCUUUGAUCAUGUCAAUCGCACUGAUCUCAAACAAGCAUUUUAUUGGUACAAAGUUGCAUCAGAUGGAAAAGAUGAUUUUGGUGCAAAUCAGCUAGGAUAUUGCUAUUCAAGAGGUAUAGGUAUAGAGUCUGAUAAAACACUUGCUUUUGAAUUGUAUCAAGUAUCCGCGAAAAGAGGACAUCCGCAAGGAGUAUCGAAUUCAGCACGUAGACUUUAUGAACAAGACGCGGAAAAGGCAUUCGAAAUGUAUCAUAGCAUCGCGAAAACUGGGUAUACAAGUGGGCAAUUCUAUACUGGUUCAUUUUAUGAGACUGGCCACGGCGUUACGAGGAAUCUUCGAGCUGCCACUUAUUGGUUUAAAAAAGCUGCUGAAGGUGAACAUGAGAGAGGAACAUAUUCUUUGAUCUCCAAUCUAAGAGAUGGUUAUGGAACGAAUGUAGAUGUGCACGAGGCAAUUCGAUGGUGUCGAAAAGCGACAAGAAACGGAAGUAACUUUGCUGGAUAUGCUUUGAAGAGAACUUUCAGGGUCAUGUAG